GUCGAAUCUGCCGUCACACGCCUCCUCGUAUCCAUAAAACAGCUACUGGAGUCGCUCACGAAAUGGAGUAAUCAACAAGCAUCGGAGGAGGAGGUCAGCGAUGUCUACGUGCGCUUAGGGAAUGAUUUCAAUGCCGCCGUUGCCGCGUUUGCAGCUUAUAACAUCGAUAUGUCGGAGCUGAUGAAUGUACCCGAGGACUUGCGAGGCGUCCUCGAGGACUGCCUUUCGGAAGACGCCAACUCAAAGAACCUCGACAAGUACCUCCCCAAAGUACGCGCCAUCAUCACGAGCUUGCUUCAAGGUUUGCGCGGAAAGCAGUCUGUCUUUCGCCAAAUCGUUUCUGGCCCUCGACAUCGCUCCGACGCUUCAGGUCACAGCCGCACUGACAGCGGCCGAGUAUCUCGCUCUGAUAGAGUCUCACGUCGCGACACCGCCAAAUCGACAUCGAGCGCCACUUCCACAGCCACCACCGAGACCGCGAGCGAUGCUCUCGAACGGCGUGCUUCGAAACGCUUCUCGACGUACAAUAUCUCCAAAAUGACCGGCACGCCUCGCGACCGCUCCGGCAUGGGAAGCGGGCAUCCCAAUCGACGGUCCCUCGCGGCUUCCAACACGCUCACUGCUGGCGAGCUAGCCGAGCCUCCACCGGUGAUCGAACAACCGCCUGUUCCGCCUCCACCAUCUGAAAUGCCCCCCGGCCCCAUCGCUGCAUUCUUGCAGGUAGGCAGGGAAGUGAAGAAAGCCACAAUUGAGCCUGGACUGUCGUUCCCUUCGCUGAGGAUGUUGUUUGUCGACAAGUUCGCGUACAAUCCCGGGCAGGAAAACUUUCCCGCCAUCUAUAUUCGCGACCCAUCAAGUGGAGUGCAGUAUGAGCUGGAGGACAUGGACGAAGUGAAAGAUAAAUGUCUGUUGUCGCUGAACAUCGAACGUGACUUAUCAGCGAUGGCGGCUUUAGCACUUGACCAGAUCAAGCAACAUAUUGACAUCCAAAUUUCUGGCCUCUCUCAGGAACUGCGCGAUCUGAGGAAUGCGUCGAUGCUGCAACCUCAAAUGACCGGUGCAUCCGUCAUGUCAGAGUACUCUAACCGCGUUGUUACGGACCUCAGGACGCAGUUUGACGAGGUGCAGAACCUGAGGCGCGACCUGGGUAUCAUGCGCCAGCUAUAUUCAGAGUUCUCAAAGCAGACGAAGGAGUCGCUCGGUGCGCUGCGAUCGCAAACACAGAAAGUGCGCCAAAUGGCGUCAGCACAGGUUCCCGGGGCACGAGCAUAUAUAGACACCGGGAAGACGAAGCUGGAUAUCAGGAGUCAAAACGCGCUGACCAAGAUGGAGGAGUUGCAAGAUACUGUCGAGAGCGUGAAGGACGAUGUCCUCAAACGGCACGUGUCGCCGAAGCCGCAUGUGCUCAAGGCGAUCAAGCAGGACGUCGAUGCUGUCGCGGCGGAAUUGGACAGCUUGAAGGAGCACAUCAAGACGAUCAAGCCGAUGUGGAAGAAGACAUGGGAGGAAGAGCUGCAGAGCAUCGUCGAAGAGCAGCAGUUCCUGAACCACCAAGAAGAGUUCCUUGCUGACUUGUUGGAAGAUCACAAGGCAGUUCUCGAGGUAUACGGCCACGUCGAGAAGGUCAUCACAAUUCGUGGUCAAGGUGGCGCGAAAGGCAUCCGGUCGCGAGGGUUCAAACCACCACCCAUGGACGAAGGCCAUGGAGGGCUCAGCACGGUUAUGCUCGAGAUCAAAGGUGCCGCUGUAGACCCAGAACGACGCAUGAAGGCCAUCGCAGCAAACCAGAAGACUAGGGAGCGUGAACUCGCGAGCAAAGCCGACGAGUUUGAAGCCGAGCUAAAGGGUUUCAUUGGAGGAAAGAAACUCAAGAUGACGGGUGGAGCAGAUGAGGUGGAGAGAGUGCGACAGCAUAGGAACGACCUGGCACUUAAGGCUAUGUUCAACGGUGGAUCUACCGGGUCGCUUGCUACAGCGAGUCUGAGUGCGCCGUCUACUCCCCCGGAACCACCUGCGCUCGAGUCGUAA